AUGAGGUUCGCCGUCGCUUGUGUACAAUUCGAAAACAAAGGAGUCUAUCACUCAUUGGUAGACUUCGGGGCUGCGAUCACUUCCAUUACCAGGCAGAUUGUAGCCCAACUCCCCGAGUCGUCCGAGACCCUCAAAAGACUCAUCUCCGCACCAGCAAUUGUGUUCACGUGGUGGUUAGACAACUUCCAGGUAAUCUGGGCCGAACUCGAAGCAUACUUUGAAAAGAUCUACAUCGUCUUAGACGGUCUAGACGAUCCAAAUCCGGCCGCGUUUUGCGACUUUGUGGCCAAGCUUCGCCUCUCGGACAAAGAGUCGUCCGUUCAUGUUGUUCUAUUGAGCCGCUCAAAGCCCUUUGAGGAGGCCCUUCGAAGGUUUCAAGGAGCGAGCCUAGAGGUAUGUGCAAGUCAGAAGGAUCUGAUUCAAUACCUCCAGCAGUCUUUUCAAAGCAACCACGAUGUACACGCUGGAGCGCUAUCCAAAUCUGAGCUGGCACAGACGUUGACGCGAUGGGCUGGGCUUUUCGACCACCGUUUUAUGCCCAUAUCUGGUCAAGACUUUCACCAAUCAGCAUCUCCAACGGGUUUCGGGGUUUUGGAGGCCGUUUCGCAGAAACUCUCUCGGGCGAAUGCUUUGCAGAGGGGCGCCACGUUUUGCGAGCUCGCCGUGACUAGCAUCACUCAGUCUGCACACGGGGACCUAAUCAUGACGAUUCUCUAUCUCCUCAUCGCGGCCGAGAAGACUAGACACCAUCUGAAUGGCGAGGCUAUCUUGGAUGCAUUGCGUAUGAGCGAUCAGUCGCUUGCAGGUGCCUUGCCAGCAACGACGGGGGAUCUUGCCCGCAUGUGCUCAGACUUUGUCUUUGUCAGUGAGCAAACACAGGUAUGGGUCAUCAAGUCUCCUCUUCUAGCAGAGCAUCUCGAUGAAAGACGUGCGUCACACUGCCCAACGGACACGAUUGCCAGCAUAUUCCUGCGAUAUUUGUCGAAACAAGAGUUCACAGCCGGCGCGUGUGGAUCAUCUACAGCGCUCAAACGCCGCUUCAAAGAACAUGCACUACUAUCGUUUACCGCACGAAACUUGAGCCUAUGGAUGGCUUAUGUUGACGUGGAAAGCAUCUCUGCGGCUUUCUUACAAUUCUCUUCCAAAGCCGCUUCAAUCGAUUCCUAUUUGCAAGCAGCCGAAGCCUGGGAGUUUAAUGAGGAAUCAAGCUACGAAGAGCUUGAGGCUGUUGAAGAGCGCUGGAAUGUCUACCCAAAGGGAUACUCGGCGCUUCAUCUCGCCGCCCAUUUGGGAGCAGGGAAGACUAUUGUAGGUGAACUUGUUCGGCUCGGUGCGGAUGUGGAGGGGCUAGACAGGAUGUUGCAAACGCCCUUGCAUGUUGCAGCCUACGGAGCACAGUUUAAAGAAACGAUCCGAGCCCUCUUACAACACGGAAGUGACGUGUCUGCCUUGGACGAUGGGGGGCAGGAACCUUUGUCGAUCGCUUUGGUUCACGGGAGCGUUGGAACGGUCCGAAUACUCAUUGACCACGGUGCCAAAUUUGAUACGAGCGAUGAGGAUCUUCUGGGAGAAUGUCUAGAGGAACAACCGCAAGUCUAUGUAUAUUUGAUUGAACGAGGCCUGAUCUCUAAUCAGAGCUAG